GCCCGGGCCAACGCCCUCCCUGCUAGCCAGGGAGCCCCCUCUCCAAAUAUCCCUGCAGCCCCCCAAAGCUGAAGGGUGCCCUCUUGCAGCCCCGGCCCUCCCCAAGGCCCCGCAGGCCAGCGCGGGCAAUCUUUGCCCGGGCGAGUCCUUGAAGGCUAUAUUUAGCGCGCGCCACCCCUCCCCCACGGCGGGGAGGUGGGGGCGGCCCCGCCCCCCGCCAGGCGUGUGCGUGUCGUGUGUGUUUGGGGCCCGCGCGGGUUGCGCGCCCUCUGCCUCGGUGCCUGCUGCGUUCGAGGCUCGGCCGCUGCCCCAGCGCCCCUCGCCCCGCCGGGCGUCGCGGGCCACCAUGGGCCAGGAAGAGGAGCUGCUGAAGAUCGCCAAAAAGCUGGAGAAGAUGGUGGCCAGGAAAAGCACGGAAGGGGCCCUGGACCUCCUCAAGAAGCUGAGCAGCUGUCGGAUGUCCGUCCAGCUACUGCAGGCCACCAGGAUUGGAGUUGCCGUUAACGGGGUCCGAAAGCACUGCUCGGACAAAGAGGUGGUGUCCCUGGCCAAGGUUCUCAUCAAAAACUGGAAGCGGCUGCUCGACUCUCCGGGACCCCCUAAAGGAGAAAAGGGAGAAGAACGAGAGAAAACAAGGAAGAAAGAAAAAGGACUCAAAGGUCCAGACUGGAAGCCAGAAGCGGGCCUUUCUCCAUCAAAGAAAACUCGAGAGGAGGAGCCCAAAAGCAGGAGAGACUCUGUGGACUCCAAGACUUCUACCUCCCCAUCUCCAAAAAGGCCUUCGGUGGACAGAUCAAACAGCAGCAAGCCGAAAGCCGAGACCCCCAAAACACCCAGCAGCCCUUCCACUCCCACGUUCGCCCCCUCCGUCUGCCUCCUGGCCCCCUGCUAUCUCACGGGGGACUCCGUCCGGGACAAGUGUGUGGAGAUGCUGUCUGCGGCCCUGAAGGCAGAAGAUGAUUACAAGGACUAUGGAGUCAACUGUGACAAGAUGGCCUCAGAGAUCGAAGAUCAUAUCUACCAGGAGCUCAAGGGCACGGACAUGAAGUACCGGAACCGCGUGCGCAGCCGAAUCAGCAACCUCAAGGACCCCAGGAACCCCGGCCUGAGGCGCAAUGUGCUCAGCGGGGCCAUUUCCGCCGGGCUGAUCGCCAAGAUGACGGCAGAGGAAAUGGCCAGCGACGAGCUGAGGGAGCUGAGGAACGCCAUGACCCAGGAGGCCAUCCGCGAGCACCAGAUGGCCAAGACCGGCGGCACCACCACCGACCUCUUCCAGUGCAGCAAAUGCAAGAAGAAGAACUGCACCUAUAACCAGGUGCAGACCCGCAGUGCCGAUGAGCCCAUGACGACCUUUGUCUUAUGCAAUGAGUGUGGCAAUCGCUGGAAGUUCUGCUGAUGGGACCACCGCCAUCCGGACCGCCAUGAGCAAAGUGAGGCAGCACCCGCCCAUCGGAACGGAAGACAAAAUAAAAUUUCAGAUGAAGAGGAAGGCUGAGCUCUGAAUGAGGGGCUUGGGCAUCAGGGGUAGAAUAUUUUGCAAAUUGGUAGUCAGUUGUUAACCACGGUUGGCUGAUGGGGAGCCUCGUCGGGGUGAGUGCCCAGGAUCUGUGUGGAUAAACCGCUCAGAGGUCAGAUGUCUUUGACAGUGGGCUGCCCAGGCUUUGCGUCCCUCAUCUCCAGAGCCUCCCAGCCCUUUCUGAAUUGGAAGGCACUGAGGCUGACACAGCCUCCCAGCCCCAGAGUUGCACCAGCACAGUUGAUGCGAGGAUUCGGAGAAAUGGGGGAGGGCGACUUCUUCAAAAAGUUCGUGGAAAAUGAAUGUUAUGAAAAACUAUGCAUGGAUUUUAAAGAUGUUAUGUUUUGUACCAAAUAAACUUCCCUUUGGGGGGGCCAGCAUUUUUUUUCUAAAGAUUUUGUUUAUUUUUAUUUGAAAGAGCUACAGAGAAGAAGAGAGAGAGAGGAAGAGAGAGAGAGAGAGAGAGAGAGAACUAGCUAGCUUCCAUCUGCUGCUUCACUCUCCAAAUGGUCACAAUAAUUGGCUGGGCCAGGCCAGAGCCAGGAGCCAGGAGCUUCUUCCAGGUCUCCCAUGUGGAUGCAGGGGCCUAAGGACUUGGGCCAUCUUCUACUGCUUUCCCAGGCCAUAGCAGAGAGCUGGAUCAGAAGUGGAGCAGCCGGACUCAAACCAGCACCCAUGGGAUGCCAGCACUGCAGGCGGCUGCUUUACCCCCUUCGCCUCAGCACCGGCCCCACUGGGGUUGGCAUUUGUGCUCAUGGUUAGGAUGCCACUCAGGACACCCAUGUGCCACAUCAGAGUGUCUGGUUUGAGCUCCUCCUCUUCCAAUCCGGCUUCCUGCUGAUGCACGCCCCGGGAGGCAGCAGGUGAUGGCCCACGUGCUUGGCUCCCUGCCACCCAUGUCAGAGAACCAGAUGGAGUUCAGGGCUCCUGGCUUCGGACUGACCCAGCCCCAGCUGUCGCAGGCAUUGGAGGAGUGAACCAGUGGGUGGAAGGCCUCUCUUCUCUCCGUCUCUCUGUCCAUUUGCCUUUCAACUGACA